AUGUCUGUUGCUGACUUAUACUUUAAAGAAUGUAGUUCACUCUUUUUAACAAAUGAACCGUUGCUCAAGUCAUUAAAGAGAUUUAGUCUACACUCAUUUAAGCAUCUAUUCAAUAAUGCUCUAUCAAAUCAAAUGGUAUUGUCUGAUAUUAUUAAUCAAAAAAUACUACCAUCAUUUAAUAGUCAUCUUGUAAAUAAUAAUGACAAGUCAACACCAUCAACUGAUAACAUAUCAAUAUUUAUAUCAACAAUCGAAUUAGAUGACAUCAAAGUACCACUACCAUCAACAACAACAUCUAUUGAUAUUACAUCUCAAGUAAAUGCACCACUGCCACCAACAUUAUUGGAGGGUAUUGAUAAUCUUCAAAAUCUAUACAUUUCAACGGAAUACACAUCACUAGAGAGACUGUGCAAGUUACCAGAUACACUCAAAUCAUUUACAAUGUAUAUCGACAAUCCAUCUUGUCUCAAAGGGGAUGAUGUGUUUCCAUUGGGAUUAGAGCGACUAUUAUUAUCAACAGCCAUUGGAGAUGAUCAUAUACCAAUACCACUCUACUCUCUUGGUCUCGAGAAACUCAAAUCACUCAAAUCAUUGGACAUAACACCUGUAAUCAUCACUGAAUCUCUUCCACUAUUUUUACCCUCUCCAUCCUCUCCAUCUUCCAUUUUACCAAGUUCAUUAACAUCACUUGAUAUUGGAAUUCAAGGUGUCUUGCCUUUGGACUUUUUCCAAUCACUUUUAUCCCUUCGAACCCUCUCCCUCAAUAUGUACCAACCUGGAAACAAUAGUGUUGUAUUGACCUUGGAUCUAACCCAUCUCCAUUGUCUCGAAACUUUUGUAUUCUUCCCGGGAAUUGGUGAGCAGGUUGACGCCUCGUUAAUCAAGUUACCUCUAUCUUCGUCUCUCAAAACUCUCUAUGUCCCCGAGUUUUAUAAAUUCUCCAACCUCUCUACACAAUUCUUCCCAACCACUCUAACAAGUCUAGAUAUGUUCUUUGGACCGACCGACUAUGAAACCAUCCAACUACCAAAGUCACUCACCAAACUAUCCCUCGUAAAAUGUCCAUUGUCAGUUGGAUUCAUUCCAGAUAGUGUAAAGAUAUUAUCAAUCUCAUCGCACGAUGAAAGAGACAUUGAAAUACUACCAGGAUUAAUACCAGUGUCAGUAGAGACUCUUACACUAUCAGGGUAUGACGGACCGACAACAUCAGAUUAUCUACCAGGCUCUAUCAAAUCGUUGGCUUGGGAUAGACGGGGUAAAACUCAAACACUCCCAUCGAAAUUGGAGAAAUUACAUUGGAGACAAGUCUCUGAUCCAAUGGAUCUACCUUUAGUGUUUCCACCGACCAUUCAACAUAUUGAAUGUACUAAUAUCUCAUUGUACCCCCUCCCACCUUCACUCACUAGUCUAUCAUGUCAAUUUGAUACAACUUGUCUCAUUGAUAAUUCAUAUUAUUCAAUUUCAAAGUUUAACUAUCAACAACAACAACAAGACAAUAACAACAACAACCUAUUACUAUUACCAUUAAAUCUAAGAAAACUAAAAAUCAAAUUCAAUGAAAGAUAUGGUCAUAAUUCAAAGUUUAGUUUUAGAUUGGAUGAAGUAAUCAAUCAAACAAAUGUUGAAAAACUAUCGAUUGAUAUAAAUGGAAGGAGAUGGUUUAAAGCAACUAUUAAAAGAUUAGAUAAAGAUAAUUCAAAAGUAUUAAUAGUUGACAACAAAUCUUUGUUUGGUGGUAUCAUUAGUCAAUCAAAUAAUGACAAUAAUAAUAAUAAUGAAUAUACUCCUAUUUAUCUUCAUUACAAGGUUGAUAGCAAUGUAGAUUUAAUAUGUCUAUUGCUGACUUGUAAAAGGUUAUACUAUAACAUUAGACAACAGUAUAGUAGUACUCUACAAUUUAAACAUAUUAAAUGCUUUCGAGCCAAAGGAAAUCAAACAAAUGAAUCAUUGAUCAGUUUUAGUUUACACUCGUUUAAGCAUCUAUUCAACAAUGCUCUAUCAAAUCAAAUAGUAGUGUCUGAUGAUAAUCAAACUAAACUAAAAUCAUUUAAUAGUCAUCUUUUAAACAAUAACAACAACAAUAAUGACAAGUCAACACCACUACCUGAUAACAUAUCACUAUUUAUAACAACAAACAAUUUUAAUGAUAUAAUAGCGCCAUCAACAACAACAUCUAUAGAUAUUACGUCUAAAGCAAGAACAUCACGACCAAUACCAUCAACACUAUUAGAGGGUAUUGAUAAUCUUCAACAUUUAACGUUGUCGUCGGAAUACACAUCGAGAGAGAGAAUAUGCAAGUUACCAGAUACACUCAAAUCAUUUACAAUGUAUUACAACAAUCCAGGUUGUAUUGAAGGAGAUGACAUGUUUCCAUUGGGAUUAGAGACACUAUCAAUACCAUCCAAGGCUGGAGAAGAUGAUUUACCAACAACAUCACUCAACUCUCUUGGUCUCGAGAAACUCAAAUCACUCAAAGAAUUGAUUAUUGGACCAGUCCUAACCUCUCCAUCCUCUCCAUCAUCCAUUUUACCAAGUUCAUUGACAUCACUUGACAUUGAAUUUAGAGGUGAUAUCCCCUCUGACCUAUUCCAAUCACUAGUGUCUCUUAGAUACCUCCACUUGAGUCAAUAUGGAAAUGAUAAAAGUUUGGCCUUGGACCUCACCAACCUCCAUCGUCUCAACACUUUUGUAUUGUUUCCUGGACGUAUUAAAUUACUUGAUGUCUCGUUCAUCAAUUUACCUCUAUCAUCGUCUCUCAAAACUAUCCUCAUCUCUGGGUACUACCAAAAGCCCAACCUUUCAACACAAUUCUUCCCAACCACUUUGACAAGUCUUAGUAUGUUUUUUGGACCGACUGACUAUGAGACCAUCAAAUUACCAAUGUCUCUCACUUACCUCCACCUCCAAUGUAAAGUACCAGCACCCUCUGGAUUUAUUCCAGAUAGUGUAAAGACACUAUCAAUGACAUCUACUGCUUCCAUGGACAUUGAAAUACUACCAUUGUCUAUACCAUCGUCAGUAGAAACUCUUACACUCUUUGGAUACGAGGGACCGACAACAUCAGAGUAUCUACCAGACUCGAUUAAAGAGUUGGAUUGGAAUAGACAGAUCGAUACUACAACACUCCCACCAAAAUUGGAGACAUUGCGUUGGGGACAUAUACCUAAGAAUAUAUCUUGUGUAUUUCCAUCAACCAUUCAACAUCUUGAUUACUCUGAUGUCUCCUUUUUCCCACUCCCUCCAUCACUGACCAGUCUAUCAUGUCAAUUUGAUCAAACUUGUCUCGUCAACCUAAUAGACCAAUCAUACUAUUCAAUUUCAAAGUUUAACUAUAAACAACAACAAAAAGAUGGUCAAUUACUACUACCAUUAAAUUUAAGAAAACUAAAAAUCAAAAUAAGAUCAAACAAAAAAGGUACAAAUAAUUUUAGAUUGGACGAAGUAAUCAAUCAAACAAAUAUUGAAGAAUUAUCUAUUGCUCUUCGUGGAAAGGGAUGGUUAAAAGCAACUAUUAAAAGAUUAGAUAAAGAUAAUUCAAGAGUAUUAAUAGUUGACAACAAAUCUUUGUUUGGUGGUAUCAUUCAUCAAUCAAGACAAUCAAAUAAUAAUAAUAAUAAUCAAUAUUCUCCUAUUUAUCUUUACAAAAGUAAAGAAAUUGAUAUACCAUAUUGGAGUCAUACUACUCUACCUGUCAAUUAA